ACUUGUAACAAUAAUUUUUAAUUAUCGUAUAUUUACUAAAAAAAUGUUAAGAUCAAUGUGUUAACGCAUUGCUCUCGUGUCCGGGGUUAAGUAUGAAUGUGUUAACAGUAUUAAGUACAUUAUGCUGUCUCACCUUUGCUUCGGCAGCUGAAUAUUACCAGGACUACAUGGACGAAGACAUAAAAAUCGGACUCAAACGAGUAGUUAAUCGUCCUAAAAUAUUUGAUAGGAAGAAACUGGCAUUCCAGAUCCAACCACAUCCUUAUCCCACGCUCACCAUGUACGAAGUCGAAGUAGCCCUGGAUGACCCAAAAACAUCAGAGGUCGAGAAGAAAGUCAUCGCGGGCAUCGUCAACGACUUUAUGACAUUGAUCUACGGUGUCGAUUGUCCAUACACUUCCGGCCACACUAUCCUCCCGUCCGAGUGUAGCAUAACAGACGUAGAAAACGCUAUUGCGAAGGCAACGAAUAAAAGAUUCAAGGACGUGUAUGUGCAUAUAGCGGAAACAUACAAAAGUUGUGAUUUCACACCGCAGUGGACAGUAAAUACGGGAUGGGAUCCGAAAUUCAAACCUGUGCUGGUUCUCAUCAGUUCCCAUAUCACCGGAUCCGUCAAGUCUAAAUAUGUCGAUCUUAUUUAAUUACUCUCUGUUGCUAGCGAUUCCGCCGACUUCAAAAAGUAACCUAUGUCGCUCUCCAGCUUUCCAAUGACAUCCUUGUAUAUAUAAAAUCAAAAAUCAAAAUC